AUGCGUGUCUCAUUGUUAUCUUGUCUGGCUAUUGGAGCGCUUGCUGGGGGAGCAUUUUCCGCUAUUUUACCCCGAGAACGGUCAACUGGCGAUUUUAGACUCGGUCGUGAGGCCCUGUCCACAUCGGGGAUCCAACAUCCUACGCUGCGUACAACGAAGGCAGCAUUCGCUCCCUUCCAAAAUGUUACUGCUUCUACGCAAGCUGUUUCCACUACCUUUCCACUCGCGGCUAACAUUAUUGAUGAACCAGCGUUCUUAACCACUAGUUUUAUGCCAUAUACAAGCACCAUCUCUGUGGUUGAAAAAUGUCACUUCGCUGGGAAGAAAGUUACGACGCAAGGCAAGGAAAUCACCUCAGAUGUUAUUUCCAAGCCCCUCGUGGAUAGUGAGCCUAACUGCUCUGUUGCAAAUAUCGUCACCGUCACUAUUACUGAGAUACUCUUUCAUACGACGGUGCUCUCCACAUCCACCCGUUCAGCUACUAAACAACAAACCCUGGUCACUUCCACGGCCACAGAGCCAAGCCCCACAGUUGGAUCCAUCAUAAGUAUUCCAAGUUCAAUUAAAGCUCUAACAACCAAGUCUUCUGCAUUUCCUUCAAUUGGGCUUGGUUCUGGCGGAUGGAAUGCUUCGACCGUUGUAACACCUUCGACCAGCGAAGCCAUCAAAGCUGGAAUGAUCGAAUACGAAAUGCAACUCUCCACAGCCAAACCUUCCACCUUAUCAAUGCGAUCACAAGUGCAUGAAGGAUCAGUUGGAGAUACGGUGACCGCAACAAAAAAGGGCAACGUAGCGGCAUGGAAGGAAGCAUGGGAUGGGAAACAACCAUCUCCGUUGGUAUCUGCCAAAUCCAUAGCACCCAUUCAAACUUUCGGGAAGGGUGAGGUAGCCUUAUCACGCACUACCGCAGCUGGUGCAACUCCUACCACGUGCGGGGAAACUGGCGUUUUCAAAAUUAACUUUGAUGAUCUUCCGGUGUACUCACCUGGCAAAAACCAAACAGCUGCUUUCCCGCCCAUCUUUAGCCCAUACCACCAUUUUCUUUUCUCUAGUGGUUGGUCGUACGGACCCCCUCCAGCGGAGCUAUUUACUCCAGUGUCGAAUCCUCACAUUGGUAUACAUGUUCCAACAAAACGAGAGGGUGAGAAGCCUCAAUCCAAGGGAAAUUUUGGAGGAGGACCCCGCGCUUCUCAGAAACUGUUUUGGUUCGAUGCCUUCAGUGCUCAAGUGGGCUGCAAUACUGGGAAUGCCUCUCUUUCCUGCGAGUUAACUGUCCAGGGAUCAAAGUACUCUGCGGAAUCCGGUACUGAAAUCCGUGCUGGAGUUAGCAGAUUCACAAUUCCUCCCUGCCACGAACCCAAACACUGUAUCCUAACCGAAGUCCUCUUUGGGGAUGGCUUCAGUGGGUUAUCUGGAAUUGAGAUCGACGCGCAGAUGGAUGGUAGAGCUACUAUGUGGUAUAUUGACGAUAUUCUGCUCAGAUGGCACGAUGAUACUUGUGCCGCCGGAAUCGAACGCCAACGUUCGCGCUUCUAA